AAACUCCGGACGGGCUUUUUUCUCCUCCUCUUGGGGGGGACCCAGAGGGAGCGGCGCCCCCUCCCCCCCUCCGGCGCGGACCCCGCGUGCGCCUUGCUCGCCCGCAGCCCCGAGACCGCAGGCGUCACAAUGUAGCAGGGACCCCAGGCGUCGUGCUCAGAAAAUGGAAAAAGAGCCAGGGCCGGAAGGAGGGUGCAGAAGCGAGCCCGCGUGCGGAGCCAGGAGGCAGCGUCGCGUGGGAGUGCUGGCCUGAAGCCUCCAUGCCCCGGCAGAGGGACGGACACGCGGACGUCUAGCGGAGAAGCCAAAGAUGUUGACCAGGAAGAUCAAGCUGUGGGACAUCAACGCCCACAUCACCUGCCGCCUGUGCAGUGGGUACCUCAUCGACGCCACCACGGUGACGGAGUGCCUGCACACCUUCUGCAGGAGCUGCCUGGUGAAGUACCUGGAGGAGAACAACACCUGCCCCACCUGCAGGAUCGUGAUCCACCAGAGCCACCCCCUGCAGUACAUCGGUCAUGACAGAACCAUGCAAGAUAUUGUUUACAAAUUGGUACCAGGCCUCCAAGAAGCGGAAAUGAGAAAGCAGAGGGAGUUCUAUCACAAAUUGGGCAUGGAGGUGCCUGGAGACAUCAAGGGGGAGACCUGCUCUGCAAAACAGCACUUAGAUUCCCAUCGGAAUGGUGAAACCAAAGCAGACGACAGUUCAAACAAAGAGGCCGCGGAGGAGAAGCCGGAGGAGGACAACGACUACCACCGCAGCGACGAGCAGGUGAGCAUCUGCCUAGAGUGUAACAGCAGCAAACUGCGGGGACUGAAGCGGAAGUGGAUCCGCUGCUCCGCCCAGGCGACCGUCUUGCAUCUAAAGAAGUUCAUCGCCAAAAAACUCAACCUUUCGUCCUUUAACGAGCUGGACAUUUUAUGCAACGAGGAGAUCCUGGGCAAGGACCACACGCUCAAGUUCGUUGUUGUCACGAGGUGGAGAUUCAAGAAGGCGCCGCUCCUGCUGCACUACAGACCCAAGAUGGACUUGCUGUGAAUGGCGCCGCACAGCACCCGCAGACUGGGCCCUUGCACCCCUGGGUGCUCCCGGCCACCACGCUUAAGAACGUUGCCUCUGGGUGUCAUGUGGACCAGACUUCUGAAUAGAGAAUAUUUAUAACUUUUGUAUGAGAGAGAAUUCACACUCAACAAGACACUACCAGCACCACGUUUACAGAGGAUGAAAACACUUCACAGUCUCCCAGAGCCGAUCGUCCUCUCCCCAAUCCCCCACCCUGUGCUUCAGCCUCGCAGGCGAGAGUGAUUCUCGCAGGCAACACGGUUCUGAGUCACCUUCUGACACGAGCUCCCUCUGCUUGCUUUCCAGGUCUUGAAAAUCUGAAUUCACUUCAGUUUAGUUUAUGAAUUAGGUUUCAUGAUAAGCCUCAAAUAAUAGUUGGACUUUUAUUGAAUCCUUCCUAAGUUAUUGAAAAAAUGUCUUCAUGGUGAAUGACAAUAUUUAUGUUGCCUUUAGCUUCUUGAAGAUUUAGAAGUUAUAUGAAAAAUUAAUUUAAAAGCAAAUCAAAAGAGGUUUCCAUUAACAUUAUGAUUUGACCAUUGUAUUCAAUUUCCCACCUUAUGAAACACGACAGCAGCUCCCUGACUGGUUCACCCUUCAUUGUGUGAGGUCGGCACUUGGGACUCACUCGAACUGUCACUCGCCUGGGGCCGACACACCCAGCCCUGGAAACGGGAUCCCAGACUCCACAUUGCGGUUUCUGACACGCUCAGCAGGUAGACCAGAGGCCAUGUGACCAGCUCAGUGCUGGUUUGCAGAACAAUUCUUAUUUUUAAAAAUCACUUGUAUUAAAAACGGCACAAAUUGUUGAGUGCCGCCAUUUGGUUUCCUACGUUUUCUUUCCCCGUUUUUUGCUGAAGGGAGAGGUGGUGGUGGUUGGGAUCAGAGCUCUCCUGGCGUCCAUGGGGAGGAUUUGCUGGUGGUUGCUUCGGGCUCAUGCCCAGACGCACUCACUGCCCCCUCUGUCCAAGGUCUCCCCUUCCCCUUUGCUGGUGGGAGGAGCUUGUUGUGCUCCUCCGCCCAUUACUGGAAGGGUGUUUUUCUGAGCUGCAGGGACAGGGUGAGCAGCUGAAGGGCUCAGAGGGAAGAUGACCCCCGCUCUGCAGAUGCUGCAUUUCAGCUGAAGCUGUGUUUCAGCCUCAGUUGGUUGCAGUGUCAGCCCCUCUCCUCCUGGAUGGUCAUGUUUUUGUCACAUUAGAGAAUAAACUGUCAGCACACACACACUUUUUUUUCCUUUAAAACAGUAACUUGGAAGUGUGGAAAGGCCAGAAGGAGGAGCAAGGGCUGUUUUCUGGAGCAAUUGAGGUGUUGUCCUGCAGUUGUCAUUGUCUUCUCCGCCAGGCUGUUCCCAUUUAUUUCCUGUGGAACUGAAUCCCUCCUCCCUCCGCUCCCUGGGAGCCCAGGUGGUCCCUGGCCACCACUCAGGCUUUCCAAGAAGCCAUCCACCUUGGACAUUUUUUUCUUGAAUUUUGCUGUUUUCUUCUGCUUCCUUUAGAUAAAAAGCAGCUCAAGAGACCUCAUCUGAGGGAUGAGGAAAACAUGCAUAUUAAUUCCAUUUGAGUGAUUGUCAGUGUAAGGCCUUUUAAAACAAAAGCAAGUUCUUUGUUAGGAAUUGGUCAAAAUUCACCUCUUUCUUUAAGCCCAUCAACUCCCAGGAUGGUUUGAGUUACUCAGUUACCUAAGCUUGCUGUUCAUCCAAAUCAUUUUCUAGAGUCACUGUAUAAGGGUCUAUGAGUAGCUGUGUAUGAAUAAAUAUUACCUGUCUACCUCAAAAUAUACAUACUGCUGAAGCAUUCUGUACAACCGUGUGUUAUCACAGUGCAGUUUUAAGUGUAACAUUAGAACUUAGGCAUUUUCCUGUGUGGCGGAAUAAGAAAGGAUUAAACAGUUACAAGCCUCCAAAUUAAAAUAAAAUUAAAUCACAGUUCAGAUUAAACUGAAUAUCAUUGUAAUAAUGUCAUAAUAUAUAUUUGUAACUUUGUAGCUAUCUUUGAAAUCACUUGACUUUGCUAUGGUGCUAAGCUGAUAUAUUUAAAUACACAGAGAGACGGGUGAGUGGAGCCCGUGUUGAUGUCUCCAGCCGGUGGUGACCCUGCUUUUGUAACCGCGUUAACCUGACAAAACCUCAGCAGCAGAAGUCCCUAUUUUUCUAGGAGUUCAUCGUGCAGACAGUCUUCACUACAGGACUCGGCCCUGGGGCCUCUGCCUCUCGUCUGACCUUGCAGCCUUAGUCGUUGGAGGCUGGAGUGCAAUGGCCCCGCCGUCCGUGGAGCCUCUGGGCGGCCUUCUUUCCUUUCUGUCAAGCUCUCAUUUCACAGAAAAAGGCUGAAUUUCAUUUUUUCCAGCAUGAAAGCCAGGAUCGGUUAAUGAUUGGAUUCUAUUAAGUGGUUUUUUUUUUUUUUUUU